UCACAAAUGACAGCAAGGCCGAGAAUAGAGGAUCAGGAGGUGAAGUAUUGGGCCCUAAGUACCCAAGAGAGUAAUUAGAAGAGAUGUCACUGACUGGAGAGCAGGUGCCUGGCUCCUGGUGAGGCCACCAGGCUCCAAGGAUUGUUGGGUGCCCACCCAGGCAUGGACACCAGAGCCUGCACCUGGCUGCUGCUGCUGCUGCUGCUCCUGCCAUCACUCCUGCAGGGACAGAGCCACCAGUCUCUACAGCGAUCCAAGAGAAGAUGGGUUCUCACCACCCUGGAGCUGGAGGAGGAAGACCCAGGGCCCUUUCCCAAACUGGUUGGGGAGCUGUUCAAUAAUAUGUCAAAUAACGUGUCACUGAUGUAUUUAAUCAGAGGACCUGGUGUGGAUGAAUUUCCAGAGAUCGGUUUAUUCUCUAUAGAAGAUCACCGGAGUGGAAAAAUAUAUGUUCACCGCCCCGUCGAUAGAGAAGUGACACCAUCUUUUAUGGUUUACUUUGAUGCUGUGGAUCGAUCCACAGGGAGAGUUGUGGACGAAUCCCUGAUUUUCAACAUUAGAAUCAGAGACGUGAAUGACCACGCACCCUGGUUUGCUGAGAAGGAAUUUAACAUCAGUGUAAAAGAGAGCCAAGCGGCAGGUCAGCCUAUUUUUCAGUUGUUAACAGUUGAUUUGGAUCAAGAAAGCACUCCAAAUUCUCAAGUCCUCUAUUUCCUCAUUUUUCAAACCCCGCUACUGAGAGAAAGCGGUUUUCGGAUUGAUCUCCUCAGUGGGGAAGUGCGACUCUCGGGAUGCUUACAUUAUGAGACUGCUCCUUGGUUCACACUGAUAAUCAGAGCGAGUGAUUGUGGAGAGCCAUCCCUGUCAUCCACGGCCACCAUUCAUGUCAGUGUGGAAGAUGGCAACAACCACAGGCCCACAUUUGUGGAAGACCACUAUGAGAUUCAGAUUUCUGAAGGUCAAGUUGAAUGGGCCGUGCUAUACUUCCCUGUCCAAGACCGAGAUUCGCCAUUUACACCGGCUUGGAGAGCACAAUUCAACAUAUCAUAUGGCAACGAGCAGGGGCACUUUGACGUCGUGACUGACCCCGAGACCAACCAAGGGGUAUUAAAUAUUAUCAAGCCUUUGGAUUACGAGACUCGAGUGGCCCACAGCCUCAUCAUCGUUGUGGAGAAUCAGGAGCAGCUCUUCUCAUGUGAGGAGGGACAGCUGCAGCCGCUGAGGGAGGCAGUGGCCAGCGCCACGGGGAUCCUGCAGGUGGUGGAUGCCAACGACCCGCCAGCCUUUCACCCCAGGACCUUCCUUGUCAGUGAGGAGGAUGGAGCCCAGCCUGGCAUCCAGCUGGGACAUUUCAAUGCUACAGACCCAGACAGGGUCCAUAGCCAGAUAAGAUACGAACUGGUUCACGAUCCGGCAGAUUGGGUGGCCGUGGAUGAGAAAUCAGGAGUGGUCACCACCAAGAGGCAAAUAGACCGGGAGUCCCCUCACGUGAACGGCAGCUUUUAUACAAUCAUUGUCCAUGCGGUUGAUGACGGCUUCCCACCGCUGACUGGCACAGGGACCCUGAUGCUUUUCCUGUCUGACGUCAAUGACAACGCUCCAACUCUCCAGCCCCACUCUCAACACUUGGAGGUCUGUGAGUCCACUGGGAGCAAGCCCAUGCUGCUGGAGGCCACAGAUGCAGACCUGGACCCUUACUCUGCCCCAUUUACUUUUGCUUUGGAUGCUUCCCAUGAAGAUGUGGAAGGUACCUGGAUGCUGAGGACAAAGCAGGGUGAAGGCCACUCUGCUGAACUCAUAAUGCUGAGAAGCCUCCAGCCCGGGGAUUACUCGGUACCAUUAUUCAUAGGGGACAGACAGGGCCUCACCCAGAAGCAGACAGUCCAUGUGAAGAUCUGCUCCUGUCCCCGCGGAUCUGAGUGUGAGGAGCACGCAGACACAGGACUCCUGUGGUGGGCCCUUUCCCCUGUCUGUGCAGCACUGCUGGCUCUGGCAGCCGCCCUGCUUUCCCUGCUACGAUGCUACUGUGCGUUUGGACCCCAGAGGCUCGAAGGCUUCAUCUCACAUGACAGCGGCCACCAGACACUGAUUGUGUACAAUGAGGAAAGCCAAGCCCUUUCAGCCCAGGGUUGUGGCAUGUUCUUUGAUCCAAGAGGCGUGAAAAACCAAUCUUCCACUCCAGUCUGUAUGAAUCGCUUGGUGCCCAGACGGCCCCUGCAACUGAUGGAAGGGAGGGUGAUGGAGACAUGGAGCCAGAAGCUCCAGGAUAUGGAUGCUCUGGAAGGUGACACGAGCUACCUGCCUCAUGUCUACAGAGAAGAGGGAGAGUGUGAAGGAGCCGAAACCCUCAGCUCUCUGAGUGUCUUGGAGUAGGACCUCUCCCCUGGGUUGCUGGACCGCUUGGGUUCAAAAUCUGCUCCAUCUGGAGCAGUGUGCCUCACGUCAAGAGUUCCUUCAUGAAAGCGUGUGAUGUGCAUGAUUUGGGAGAAUGGUCACUAUUCAUGGACCCCUCCUUUUGUUCUUUAUUCUUAAUUAUUUUCUAGUCUAUGUGGUUAGUGUUGCAAACUUGACAAUCACGUGGGAAACACCUGGGAGACGUACCUCUGGCAAGCCGGUGGGGGAUUACCUUGUUUACAUUAAUAGAGAUAGGACGAGCUGUCCACUGUGGGCGGCACCAUCCCCUGGAUGGGAUCCUUGACUGUGCAUCUUUGUUCACCACUCUCUGCUUCCUGAUCUCAGACACACAUGACUGGCUGAUUUAGACUCCUGUCAUCUCCACUUCCCAGCAU